AUGAGAAGCGGCUUUUUGCUGGUGGCUCUGUUCGUCGCCAUGAAACUCCACUCAAGCCAGUCCAGCUGCGAGGAACCUGCGGCUGGGGCACACAGAUCAACCGACUCAAAGGAGGGUCCCGGUUUGGGAAAUCUCCAGCGGACCAUUCUGAAGAGAUAUAACGGUCUGGAUUAUGACAGCUUCGUCGGGCUGAUGGGGAGAAGGAGCGCUGGUAAGCGGGAGAUGGACGACGUCUUUGUUGGGCUUAUGGGCAGAAGAAACUCGGAACUUGGUUUCGGCACUGGUAUUGAUAUUGGUCACACUGCUGACAUUGGUAAGUAG